UCUCUCUCUUGCGCGCGUGCGCACAGUGCGUGACCGGCCGCCCGUUCCUCCACGCCUGGAGACGCGGCGCCCCUUCUUCCUCAUUAUUCUCUCUCUCUCUGAAACCCUCUCUCUCUCUCCAGCUGUGGCUUUCCACCUCCGGCCGUCUCUCUCUUUCCCACCCGUGCGACGGCGUCUCCGAGGUCCCUGCGGCUUUGUCUGCAAAUGGGCUUGUCCAUGGCUGCUUCAUCGUCAUCUCUCAUCCCACCACCACAGCGGGAAUACAAUGUCUUCUUGAAUUUUAGCGGUCUUGACACCCGCGAGUCCAUUAUUAGUCAUCUACGAGUUGAUUUGGAGCGAAACGGCUUUCACACAUUUAGAGACGACGAAAACUUGGAUAGAGGACAGAGUAUUGGGCCAGGACUAUUGGAAGCAAUUGAGGAUUCAUCAAUGUCUCUUGUUGUGUUCUCAAAGAACUACUUUGCAUCGACAUGGUGUUUGCGCGAACUUAAGAAGAUUAUGGAGUGUAAAAAGAACUCAGAACAUUUUGUUUUGCCCAUAUUUUAUAAGAUAGAACCGUCUGAUAUACGACACUUAAACGAGAGUUGCAGAAAUCUUGGC